AUGUUGUCAAUUGAAUUAUCUGCAAAUUCAAUUGCGCCAUUUUUGUCCCGCGCUAUUAUCCACUGGAGGGCAGUUGAAGCGAGAUCGUGUGAAAUUCAGUGGCGUCUUUUUCUUUCAUCGUGUGAAAAACUCAAAAAAACCCGUAGAUUUACCAAUCAUCCAGUGUACCCUACAUCAACAAAUCAUUCAACUAUUCAUCCUGGGACAAUGCCUGAAGAACUGGAUAAGGAAAUGACAGAUGUUUCCGGAUCGCAGCGCAGCAAUGGCGCGUCUUCUACAAAAUCAUCUUCCCUUGCUAAGGUGGAUGGCAUUAAGGAACGCCUGACGCGCUUUUAUAAUGUCUUGUUUGACCCUCCAAAUGAGCGUUUUAGGCUUUUCCUGCCCAAGCAAGCGCUGAAGCAGGGAAAGAUGGAGAGUAUUUGUGAGGACAGAUUUCGAGUUUGCGCUGGCAAAGUGGUCGCUUUGAAGGCGGACAGGAAGCUCGUGGUGCAGGAGAAUAAGAAGACUGCCAAUCUUAUACGGGAGAUUGAGAAGAUUUGCCACGAGAGCGCUCAGGUGGACAAAAAUGAGCAAAUCCGCUCGAACUUCAUGAUGCUUCAGGAGUCGAUCAAGUUGUCGAGUAACGCCGUGUCGGAGACGCUGGCACUCAGACUGAGCGUGAUUGCGAAGGAGAGCGAGGCGCGAGACAUCCCUGGCAGGUCUCAGUCGUCCGAGCAGAUUGAGAAGCUGGUGCACUCGCUGUGCCGCGAGUACAACAGCAGCGCAGAUCUCGUUCGGCAGAUUCCCGCCAUUCGGGAUGAGUUCAAAGCUUGCGGAGCGCUGGUUCAGGAGGUCAACAAGGCCAAGGCCAUAGUUGAGGAGGCUCGGAUGAAUCACAAGGGUAUUUCCGAGAUCAUCAGUCUUCUCAGGGAUGAUUUGGUCGCUGCUGAAGCGAAGUGUAAGGAGCAGAAAGUUGAACUUGAGGGAAAAAUUGGUGUUGGCGCAAAGAUUGAGGAGUAUUUGAAGAUCAAUGCGAUCGCUCUGACUGACAUGAAGAAGAAGAGGGCGAAGCUUGAGCAGGAGACGAAGAAGAUGGUCGCCAAUCAGGCUCAAAUAUACGAGAUGCACAAGGAAGUGUUGGAGGGCGAGCAGGAUAAGCAGCAAGGACUCAUGGAGUGUGAGGAAUAUUAUGGAAAGCAGCUGGCGAACAUCGGAAGUGCCAAUGAUUCACUGCAGCAGACCAUUGAUGACUUCGAGAAGCAGACAGCAGAACUCGAGAGCCAAAUCCAUGAUGAGAAAGUGACUUUGCAGGAAUUGAAGGCUGAUCUUGAGGCUUACGAGGCGAAGCAGCAACAGCAGAAGGAGCUGGAAAAGGAGUUGGCAGCGCUGAAGAUUGCGCGCAGUGCCAUGAAGAGCCUGAAGCGAUUUGCCGCGUCCAACAGCGAAGACGGAUCGCCGGCAGCGAAGAGGACUCCGCAGCGCUACAAGCACGUCUUCCGUUCCUACUCGCAUUCGCCUUUUGUCAAAUCACAGAAAACAACACCCCAGAAAUAAACGACGUAAUUAUAAUUACGUUAUUCAUAUUUUAAACUCUUUUUUUUAUGUCAAAAUCGUUAUAAUUUAUAAAUUUGAAAUUUUUCAAUGGGCCAUUUUUUAAAAAUCAAUGGAAUUGAUAGUUGAAAUUCACAUUUCAAUCCACAUUUGAAUUUUCUAUACGCAAAAUCAUGAAGUACAAAAAUAUAUUUCAACUCUAAAUUGAUGGCCUUUUAUCUCUCUAUUGUAAUUGUAUAAAUAUUUUAGCUUUAAGACAUUAUAUGAAUUAUGUAACAACAUUUUAUCUUGGCGGUUUUACUAAAGAACUUCCCAAGACAGUGUAUAAAUAUCAUAGAAAAUAUUUUAUCUAUACAAGUUUAUAGGUAAUAAUAAUUAUCUAUGUGUAGUUCAGUUGAAAAAUAAAUGAAGUCAUUAUUGAAG